UUCGUGUUCACCGUCUUUUCCACUUAAUUCACUUUCAAUUCGUAUUAUUUAAUGUAGCAAAUCAAUUUAAAUUAAUUCAUCAUAUUAAUAAAACCAAAUCAAUAAAAAACAAAAGUCAUUAACGAUCAGUUCGAGCUGUUAUUAAAAAAUUAAAUAAAUCGAAAGUAAACGAAACAAAAAAUGGAAGAAUACGCCAGAGAACCGUGCCCUUUUAGAAUCGUUGACGAUUGUGGUGGAGCCUUUGCUAUGGGGUGCAUUGGAGGUGGUGUUUUCCAAGCGAUCAAGGGUUUUCGAAAUGCUCCAUCUGGAUUUAAUAGACGAAUGCUGGGCAGUUUGUCUGCGAUAAAAACACGUUCACCCAUUAUUGCUGGUAAUUUUGCCGUUUGGGGUGGCAUGUUCAGUACCAUUGACUGUACUUUGGUACAUUUCCGCAAGAAGGAAGAUCCUUGGAAUUCAAUUAUCAGUGGCGCUGCCACUGGUGGAAUUUUAGCAGCUAGAAAUGGAAUACCCGCAAUGGCUGGUAGUGCCAUUAUAGGUGGAGUUCUUCUUGCCCUUAUCGAAGGUGUUGGUAUACUAUUCACACGGAUGUCAGCCGAGCAGUUCCGCAAUCCACAACCACCAACUGAGGAUCCAGCUGCAUUGGGAGAUCUAACGAAAAAUUUUAGUUUUGGAGCGACGCAAAGCCAAUAACAAUGGCAAUUAUCGACGACCGACAUAUAAGAUAAUUUAUGGUUAAAAUCCCUUCGUAGUAGUCAUCUUCAUUAGACCUAGUUUUUUUGUCAAAAAGAAAUAACACCUGUAAGCAAAUCCUUCACUUUGAAAUCUUACCCCUCCCCUGUAGGCUAUAAGGAGUGUGUGUUGCAAACAAAAAGUCUUUGUUUUUGACAAAAAACAAAAUAAUAUUUUAGUUUUUGUGUGAAUGCGAAUUCCAAAUGAGUGAAUGUGUGGCUAAAACAACAGAGUUAAUAAUAAUAUCCUCUCGUUAUUUUCUUCUUUUUUUUUAACAUGGCCAAUUACUAUCAUUGAUUAUUUGUUUUAAAUAAUAAUAAAAUAAUCUUCAUAAAAUUAAUUUUGAGCCAAAUGAGUUUUGUCGCUUCAUCGGCUGGAUGGCACUUUAUAUUGCAUGCUGUCGUAAUGAUUUAGUGGCAAAUGGCUUGUUUUAAAGCCUCAGUCAAGAGAUACACAAGAUUCGCUUUGCUUUCUCUGGAAUUAUUCUGAAUUUAAUUUGCCUAAGAAUUUUAUUUUAGAAAAAGAAGAAGCGAAUCUAAGUUGUUAUUUUUUUUUUA